AUGCAGCGAGCCAUGCAGCAAGCCGUUAUCGAGGCCACCAACACGGAGCCUCCACAGGGCUGUGCUACCAUCUUCCCCCGCGUUGGGGGCAACACCCACCCCACUGAGCAGCCCCCGCUGGUGGCCCGAAAGCGGAGGGGCUCAAUUAGGGCCGAGUGUGGCCGGGAACGAACGUCUUUGCCGAGGUUGCCGAGGCCGCAUCGCCAGGUUGGAAUCGCGGUGGUGAUAGGCCGGCCUCAACCCUCCGUGUUCGCUGUCGAGGUCGGCGUCGUCGGACGAAAAGGCCAGACGGGCUUCCCCGGACUCGGCGUUCGGCUCGAGUUGCGGACGCCCGCCAACUGCCGUCUGCUUGACGACCCAAUCGCCUCUCUGCUGGCAGCCCGUCCCAUCUCAGACUGGCAGCCCAUCCAAGGCCAGCCAGGGGUCACUCCCUACCUGCGACGGCCAACCGUCGACCAUCCCUACCGUCCUACGGGGAGCGCCUGUCAGCGCAGCUCUGCUCAGACCUGUCAGGCUGACGGGCGGGCGUGGCGGACCGACCAGGACUCUGCGCAGCGGGAGCAGCCGCCGGCGGGAUGGAAGGAUUUGACGGGAGGCCGCAUGCUGUCUCGGGACCCGGGGCCAAAGGUUGAGCCAAAAGUUGAUCCCGGCUCCCGACUCCCGUUCCUGGUCUGUGGCGCCGCGAGCUCAGGAAACCGAGACAAUGCCUUCCAUCUUCCCCAGACUAGCAGGACGGAACAGGCGGGCACAAGAUCUGUGAUCGACGAGCAGACUAGUCCAUGCAUCAUCAAUGGCUGGCUGGCGGCAAAGGCGCCAAUGUGGCAGGCAGCAGGCGGGCAGCAGAGCCCGAAAAGGCUCGGACUGGCCGACGACGGCGACUGGGAAGUGAGCAGCUAG